AAAAUAUUUAAAAUGGGUAGUUUGGUAUUGGUUCGCGAACAGACCUGAAUACGUCAUUCUUUCAAGCUUGCCACCCUAAAUUAAGUAGAUUAAAAAAUGCUAAAUAUUCGUUAAAUCGGGUUUAAUUUCGCGUUUUCGUUAUCCUUAUCGCACGCGAAGCGAAAAGGCAAGUUAAUAUCGUUUGAUAUUAAAUUAAAUAGCUGUUUUUCAAUAAAACUGUAUGACCUCGAGCUGUCAUCUGUUUUUAAGUAGUGUCAAAAAAUUAUGUGAUGACUUCGUGAUUUAUUUAAGAAGCUCUUUAUUUAUUGUGAUGUUAAUUGAUACAACGUAAUACCAAUAACCGUUUGAUCCGCUUUUCCCAGUUAAAAUUCUAGUCAAUUACAAUGAGAUUGUAGCUUUACCAAAAAACAAGAUAGAAGUUAGGUUAGAAAAACAAAUAGAAAAUAAAUGCUAAUAAAUUGGACGAAAAGGUGUCGUUUGCGCGGGUGAUGAGUUCCAAUGAGACAGUACCAAUUUUAGUCAACACCAGCGUAACGGAGAACGAGUUGAACUGUGCCUUGUCGAUAGCCUCUUGCAGUGACUCGGAAGAUGUACCUUUAGUUCCCGAGGUAGUUUUCGAACCAGCGUUGGAUUCUCCGGGCAUCAACAGGGAAUCGCAGCCCCUGUUGGGAGGGCUGGAUGUCUCUUACAACCAAUUCCCAGAUGAUCCAUCUUUUAGUGAUUUAGUAUGGCAAGCAGAAGGAGCCAUUGAUGUUGGGAUUUUUCCUGAAAGGAUAUCCCAAGGAUCCAGUGGCUCAUACUUUGUAAAAAACCUUGCUGGAAAAAUAGUAGCUGUGUUUAAACCGAAAGACGAAGAGCCUUACGGUCGCCUGAAUCCGAAAUGGACAAAAUGGAUGCACAAAUUGUGUUGUCCGUGUUGUUUUGGCAGGGCGUGCUUAAUACCGAACCAAGGCUACCUAUCGGAGGCGGCCGCUUAUCUUGUAGACGCCAAACUUAACCUCAACAUCGUGCCCAAGACGAGGGUGGUUAAACUGGUUUCGGAAACUUUCAAUUAUUUAAGGAUAGAUAGGGAAAAAGCACGCGUCAAAAGGGCCAUUAUGGAACAAUUUCCGAAUGUAGGGUUAAGAUUUAAUAGAAUAGGGCUCCCACCAAAGAGCGGUUCAUUCCAAUUGUUCGUGGACGGCUACAAGGACGCCGACUACUGGCUGCGUAGGUUCGAGGUGGAGCCGCUGCCGCCGCAGGUGAUGCACAAGUUUCAGCUGCAGUUCGAGCGCCUGGUGGUGCUCGACUACAUCAUCCGCAACACCGAUCGCGGCAACGACAACUGGCUCAUCAAGUACGACCCGCCGACGAUCGCCAACGGUCACCUCGCCAAUCUCAACUCCAACGCGUCGCAGGUCGAGCUGAUGGACACGACGGAGUGGAGCAUGGUGUCGCUGCCGGAAAUCAGCAUAGCGGCCAUCGAUAACGGGCUCGCGUUUCCUUACAAGCACCCGGACAGCUGGCGGGCCUACCCCUACCACUGGGCCUGGCUGCCGCAGGCGAAAAUCCCCUUCAGCAAGGACACCAGGGACCUGGUGCUGCCCCUGCUGGCGGAUUUACACUUUGUGCAGGAUUUAUGUGAUGAUUUAUAUUUACUAUUUAAACAAGACAAAGGUUUUGAUAGAAAUUUAUUUGAAAGACAGCUAUCAGUAAUGCGGGGCCAAAUUUUAAAUCUCACGCAAGCUUUAAAAGAUGGAAAAUCUCCUGUGCAGUUGGUGCAAAUGCCUGCUGUGGUUGUGGAAAAGUCUCAAGGAAGCCACACAACACGAUUUUUUAAUUUUACCCAACGUUUUCAAGACAAAAGUCCAUUUUUUUCGUGGUGUUAACCAUUUUCUGUACAUACUAUAAGAAUAAUCAGAUCUAAUAUAUUUACGUCAUUCUACUGCAUCUAUUAGGUUUUCUAUAUUAUUUUGUAAUUUUAUUGUAUUAUAUUAAUUUAAUCAUCAAAGAUUAUAUUACAAAAAAAAAAUUAAAACUUUUAUUAU